AAUAGUAUGUACUUGCAAAAAGUUAGGAGAUUUCACCAAUAACCUGAGCUGAUAUCUAACCAAACCAUCUGGGUUUGCCACCGAGAGAGAAAGAGAGAGAGACCUUUUCUGCGGCAACGGUGACAAUCGAUCCUUCCGCUCCCACGGCAGACGACGCAAGGGGGUUCCGGCUUCUUUCGAGCCUCCCUGUGCACGUUCGACUGCGACCAUCACAACCAUGAAACGCCAGAAUCAGUGCGAAUUUAGGGCAGGAAGGUGGAACGCGUCAUACAAAGAGGGUCACCUCGAGAGACAAAAAGAGGAACUUGCCUCCGUCCUGACGACCCAAGAAGGCUUAGAGAGAGAAAGCGCGGGCCUCCGAAGGUUGCCCGAACCUCACUACCCACAAGCAGGGGAAAAACGUGCGAGGAUGCAGGGAAUCGAGCGGAGGCGAUGGUCUGAGUGGUCGCGUCGGAGGGAGGGAGGAGUCGAAUUGCGAGCUUCUGCGUCCUCCGUUUCAGAAGAUCGAAAUAGGAACAAACCCAGAUGAGGAGAAGAAUCGAGCGGAGGAAACAAACCCAGAUUUUUCGUUGGCGGAUCUGAAGUCGGCGUCGUCGUGGGGCUCUCGGGAGAGUGAGCGUGAGGACUGGAGCGUGAGCGUUUCUGGAGGAGCUGCAAGGAAAACCUUGAUUUUGUUCUUUUAGAAAGGGGUAAAUUUGGGUUUCUGAUGAUUUUUUUAGGGUAAAAAAGGAACUCCACAAAAUUUUAUUAAUGGGCCACGUGCCGAUCCUCCAUGGACUACAUAUAGCACGGAGUCUCGUCUCUCUUUCCCUCUUCCUCGAACCGAGCCCUAGACAUCUCCAGUUCGCUCAUCAGCAUAUCGUUCGAAAAUUCGAGUUCUUCGCUUCACCGUCUUGGCAAUUUCGGUGUGCUUGGAGCAGACCGGGACGAGGGACGCCGUCUCGGACGACCUCGUGCUCGAGGAGCUCGGUCUUGACGGGCUUCGGCGGCGGCGGAGGAGUCCCAGCCUUAGGCGAUUUCUGGAGGCCCAUCGCCGUCUUCACUUUGCCGGCUACCAUAGGAAUUAGAUCUCCGCCUUCGGCAAAAGAAACUCUGUGCUCGAUUCCUGGAUGCUGACCAGUGCUUCAGAAUCUCAAGAACAUCUUCUUAGUUCUACUUUUGAUGUGCUUCUUUGCCACUUACAUGCAUCUGAAUCUUCUUUCUCUGUCCUAACUGGAUAUUGAUAGCAGCAAUGCCUAGAGAAAGGGAUCCAUUGUGGAGGUACGUGAUGUGACUGGGUGCAAACACAUGGAAGUGCAAUUUCUGCGAAUGUCAGUAUAGUGGAGGAGCUUCAAGGAUCAAGGCUCACCUCGCUGGAAUUGCACGACAUGGUAUUAGACCAUGUGAGAAAGUUAGUUUGUUAGUAAGAACAGAAGCCACGGACCAUCUGAUGACUAAAUAACUGGACUUGAGUGACCAAGGUGUAUUUGAUGAAAGGAUACAAGGAAAUGUUAUAACAGUUCCAACCAUCACAGCCAAUCUGCCAAAUGUGGAGGGAAGAAUGAGCUUACAAUUUCAACAAGGGAUGCAGAAACACGCACUAGCAGGGGCAUCAUUAUCCCAGUAUGAUCAAACCACUGUCCUGCAUUCUCAUGAACCACUUCCAAGCUGCAAUGAAGAAUGUGAAACUGAAACCAGUUCACCUCUUAUGCAAGAAGCAAUGGAAAUUUAUCCUGUGUCUCCAACACAAUUUUGGCAAUUGCCAAAGGAUGCAGCAAAUUUUGUCAACACAUCAUCAUCAAAAGUCAGCUUUGGUACCCCUCAACAUUGAAGUGUUAAAAUGCCAAUGCAUUAAUCAUGAGACAAGGAACGUGGAGUAGAAUCCAGCCGUGCCAUCAUCAUCAUGGAAAAACCCACUUAAUCACACUUCACCCACAAGCUCUAAUGAACAUGGAUCCAUGUAUCACAUCAUCAUCAUCACAAGCUUCAAAUAAUGCUUCUCUACCUCAUAUUCCACCUUGUGGAACAAGCCUGAUAGGCCUACCGUAUCACCAGGUCUAUGUUUAUCUAAAAAUUAAUCCUUAUGUAUUAAUGUUACAUUUAAUCCUUAUGUAUUAGCAUGACAUUAUAACCGGGCAGCAAGAAUGCUAUCUAAGGACUCUUGACUUAUUGAAUUUUGAAAUUGCAGAAUUAGAUAUGAACAAGGGUGCGUCAAUGAUGAGUCAUUUAGACACAGAUGACAACUUUGAAGAGAAAAGAGCUUUGAAAAGAAAAUUACGACUCUGUAGCAGAGAAGUUGACAUAAGGGAUGAGUCAGAAAUUGCUGCGUUUCUAUCCCUAAAAGACAACUUCCUGAAAGGACCAUUUGAGGAAAGAAAAACCAAGGCCACAAAACUGGUAGAAACAAAGAUGGUGGGAGAGGCAUUUCAGAGGAAUACUGCAAAGAUUUUGGAGUACCUAGGAGGGAAUCAAGUGUCCCGAUUAGGCAUUUAUGGAAUGGGGGGUGUUGGUAAAACAACUAUUAUGGUGCAUGUACAUAAUAGACUCUUGGAAGAAGCAAACUAUGGCAAUGUGUUGUGGAUAACUAUGUCACAAGAUUUUAACACAUACAAAUUGCAGGAUGACAUUUGGAGGGAAAUAGGUUUGGGCAGACUAGAGGAAAUGGAUGUGAGGAAACGAGCAGCAAAGUUGUCCAAUUGUUUAAUGGGAAGAGGGAAGUCUACAAUAAUCCUCGAUGACGUGUGGGAAUGCUUUGAUCUUGAAGAGGUGGGAAUCCCUGUUAAAGCAGAUGCACUUAAGUUGGUUUUAAUCACUCGAUCCUUUGGUGUAUGCUGCCAAAUGCAUUGUCAAGUAAAGAUAAAAAUUGAACCUCUAUAUCAAGAAGAAGCGGAGCAUUUAUUUUUGGAGGAGCUUGGAUCUGAAGUGGCACUUGAUUUGGAAAUUCGAGCAAUUGUGAAGUCCAUUGUUAAGGAAUGUGCUGGCUUGCCACUUGGAGUCAUCACGAUUGCAAGAAGCAUGCGAGGAGCAACCAAUGUGUUUCAAUGGAGGGAUGUCUUGGAAAAAUUGAAAGAAUCAGAUAUGGGGCUAAGGGAUAUGGAAAUGAAGGUCUUAAGGAAUCUAGAAAUCAGUUACGAUCUCCUUAGAGAUCAUGAAGUUCAGCAGUGUUUCUUAUCUUGUGCACUUUAUCUAGAAGAUAAAUUGAUUGAUAAGUUGAAGUUGAUAGAAUUCUUUAUUGACCAAGGAUUGAUUGAUGGAUUGAAUACGAGGAAGAAACAAGAUGACAGAGGCCUUGCCAUUAAGAACAAACUUGGAAAAUGUUUGCUUAUUGGAAGAUCAUGAUAGCAAAGUCAAGAUGUACAAUUUGAUUAGAGACAUGGCAUUGCACAUCAUGGGUGCGACUUCCCUUGUAAAAGUAGGAAAGGGAUUGACUAGGAUUCCACAAAAGGAAUAUUGGAUGGAUGCAUUGGAGAAAGUUUCUCUGAUGGAGAAUCACACUGGAGAAUUUCCGUUGGACAUGUCACCAAACUGUCCUAAACUAUCAACUCUUCUAUUGAAUAAUAGCUUGUCGUAUGGUGUGGCCAUCCCUGAUUCUUUCUUCAAACAUUUAUGGAAGUUGAAGGUUCUAAACCUGAGUGGAUGUAAAGUAAGAGAACUUCCAGAUUCCAUCUCAAACUUGGUAAACUUGAGGGCACUAUUGCUUACAGGUUGUUCGGAAUUGCGUCAUAUUCCUUGUUUAGGGAAGCUCACAUCUUUAAGAAAGUUGGAUGCUAGUGGCUGUGUUUGUCUUGAAGCACUCGAGGAUGUGGGAAUGUUGGUGAACUUGAGAUACCUUGACCUAACUAAUACAUGUAUAAAGAGACUACCCAACAGUCAACUGGGGAGUUUGCUAAACUUGCAAUAUCUUAAAGUUGAGGCAGUAGUAAAUGGAGAAGACAUUACAAAUUUGCGGGCAUUAGAGAUACUUGAAUGCUUCUUUGAAGAUGUGGAUGAUUUCAAUAAGUGUGUGAGGGUUAUUGAAUAGAGUAAUGACCCUCCUUAUUACGAGCUCAAAGUGGAUCAAGAAGAACCAAAGUUUCAUGUGAAAGUAAGUUAUGCUGCUAGAUUUGGGAAUUGUGAGAGGAGUGUCCACAUUCGUAAGUGGAGUCAUUCUAUUGCGAGUGUGGGAGGGGACUACAUUGGCAUUUGUAUUUUGAUUCCCCUAGAUGUGCGGACAUUGGCAGGGAAAGAGUGCGACGGUAUAACAAAUUUGUCUGGCAUGGGUCAGCUUGGAAA